UAUUUUAAUCACCGAUACGAGCUGAGAAGUUCACCGAACUAGUUGCACGUAAAUUUCCCAUUACUUCGUUCAAAAACAUGGCCUAGUUAUUCACAGAAAUCCCUUUAGUUCGGGUAACCGAACUGAUCAACAAACUAAAGGGGAGAUUGGGCCGUGACCCACCACGCACGCUUACUGAGGAUUGGUGGGUGCUAACGGCUGCAAAUGCAGCCUGGACCAACAGCUUAACGUACCUUUAGUAGCACGGAGGAGCUUGAGAUUAUAAGAUUUUGGUCACCCAUCCAAUGACGGAGAAUUGCGAAAGUUGCUUAACUUCCGCGAUCGUAGGCCAAACGCGCUAACCACCCGCGCCAUCGAGCUAAUUCUAUGUGAAAUAAUAAGGCGUAUGCUGUUCCCGCCGACAAUGUACAAAUGCUCGUAUUCAUCACGACAUACAAACUUCCACCCCACCGGGAUUCCAACCGGGUCUGAGUGGGCGAAGGUGUCGCCAAUUUAUCGGUCGUCAAUUUAUUGUAAAAUCCGUUAGUAUAAUUAAACUAACACUAAUUAUUACUCGUGCGUAUGCGUAUGAUUACAUCAUUCUACUACAAUACGAGCGUAAAUGAAUAGCGGUGUCAAAAUAUAUUCGAUCAUAAUAGGUAGGUACCAUUGAGAGUAACACAUCUUUUACACAAUCGGGAAUUGUCUUACCUAUUAUUAUGAAGAGUUAUUUACAAACAAUCCAUGUACCUAUAUAGUACAUUUUUCUUUUGGAUGUAGGUUUCAAUCAGUCUUUUCGCGACAAGGCGAUAGAGAUGGAAGUGUUAUAUCUGUUAACGUUGAUUAUUGUUGUUUCGGCGGAACUCGUGCAGGACCUUGCUCACGUCGAGGCUUUCAUUAAAGAAAAGAGAUAUGUGCUAAAGAAGAAGUUUCGUCCGUUAUACCACAUAUCGUCGCCGGUCGGCUGGCUGAACAGCCCGAGUGGAUUCACGUACUUCAGGCAUCGCUUUCAUGUGUUUUAUCAAUAUCAUCCGUACAAUGGAGCCUGGGGAUCCAUACAGUGGGGCCAGGCCAUCAGCGAGAACCUCGUCGACUGGGUCCACUACCCGCCUGCCCUGUUGCCUAAAGAUCACUACGAUAAACAUGGCUGUUUAGCGGGCUCCGCUACUAUACACAAUAAUUAUCUAACUUUGUUCUACACUGGUCAUGUUUUAGCGUAUAAUAAAACCAUUCAUACGCAAAAUAUUGCGAUCAGCAGUGAUGGACUAAUUUUUCAAAAGUAUAUUUACAACCCUGUUGUGAGACAAGCCCCACCGGGCGUGAAUGAAUUCAGAAAUCCGAAAAUUUGGCGAUUCCGGGCCCACUGGUACAUGCUGGUCGGGACCUCAUCGGAGAAUCAUGAAGGUCAACUGGCACUGUAUACUUCUCCUGACAUGUUUCAUUGGAAAUUCAACAGCACCGUUGCACAAUCUUAUGGCGACAUAGGACAUACCUGGGAGAACCCUGAUUUUUUUGAGCUGGAAAACCAGCAUGUAUUGAUUCUCUCUGUGCAAGGGAUUCAAGGUGACAGUUACAGAUUCAAGAAUUUAUAUCAAACGGGAUACGUAGUAGGAAAUUUCAAUUAUCAAACUUUAAGUUUUGAAAAUCUAGAGGUAUCGCUCGAUACAUUCGCGGAGCUUGAUUUUGGACAUGAUUUCUACGCUGCUCAAACUAUGAAUGCUUUGGAUGGAAGAAGGUUACUGAUAGCUUGGCUGGGAAUGUGGGACAGCGAAUUCGUGGAAGCAAGAGACGGCUGGGCGAGCUUACUCACCAUAGUAAGAGAGCUGAGGCUCACUUCUCAUGGUCGCCUUUUAAUGACGCCAGUGAGAGAAAUGGAAGAGCUACGAACCGAAAUCCUAGAGAAUGCAUGGUACAGUCCGGGAGAAACAUUUCACGCUGGAGCAAAAGCGUUCGAAUUGGUUGUGAAUGCGAGUUGCAGCUUUUAUGAUGCCGCCUUGAUUUUCGAGUGGAGUGGUGAACGACAGUAUUCUAUUUAUUAUGUAUCUGACCGAGGUCGUGUGAGUGUAGACCGAGGAGGCGCAGACGGAGUCCGGCAUGCUGACUGGGCUCCAGCGGGGCAGCUUAAAUGGCGAAUCUUUAUAGAUGCAAGUUCUAUAGAAGUGUUUUGUGGUGACGGAGAAGUGGUCUUUUCCAGCAGGAUUUACCCAAAGAAAGGUAUUCGCAUCAGAGUCGGUGGUGAAAUGCAACUCCACGUGACCCAGUACAAGUUGAGGCGGAGUGUGAAUUACGAUGAGAAGCUACGGCAGUAUCUAAAAAAUAACUUUGCGAAUAAGAUUAAGCUUUAUUAAAAAUUGCAUUUGUUCAAUUGCUUGCUAUUUUGUUCAAAGUUGUAUAGUUUUAAGUUGGACAUGUGGUCGUGCUCGUGACCUACUAUCGGGUGUUUAGACAAAGCAAAAUUUUCCUAUGAACCUUUGUAAAUUAUACCUGUGAACCUGAAUUCCAACUUACAGGUCCUAGUCAGUAGUUCCGGGUUUUCUGUUAUUCUAACUACCUUUUUUUAAUUUCUGUAAACCUACUUAUUUUAUACAGACAAAUUUAAAGAGAAAUAUAAUAAUACCAAGUAG